GAGGCGUCACUAAUCCGCUAGCAGCAGCAUUUGAGCAAGCGGCCCCUGCUCUUACUUACGCUCCCUUUUUUUUUUGUUCCUUUCCCAGUGUGGGAGGAGGGGACCCAAGAGCCGCCCUGACGGAUCUGAGCUAGUGGCAGAAUAAUAGUCGGUCUAGCAGAAAUAAGAGCGAGAAGGGGGAGAAAAUAGUACAGAGUAGCAUCAAAUAUUGAAAAGCAAGUGGUGGACGAGCAGAUCUGACUGGGGUGGGGAAGAGGGGUGGCUGUGGCUGUGCGUUCGUUCGCUGGAAAAAGUUGUGGCUGAGGGGCCCUGUUAUCGAUAACGACUAGCGGCUAAAAAAAAAAAUUAUGGCAGAGUUUUGCUUGCUGAGGGUGGACGAACGUUGUUCGAUUUGAUAUUGAUACCCAGUUUAGCAUCUUCACAGUCCACAUCAAACAGCCACGAUGCGGAUUGAGGACUGCAGCUUUUGUGGCCGUCCGGCCUACCCUUCCAAGGGUAUUACCUUUGUCAGAAACGAUGGCAAAUCAUUCAGAUUCUGCAGAUCAAAAUGCAACCGCAACUACAAGAUGAAGCGCAACCCCCGCAAGCUCAAGUGGACAAAGGCCUACCGCCGCAACGCCGGCAAGGAGAUGACGGUCGACAGCACCCUGCAGUUCGCCCAGCGCCGCAACGAGCCCAUCCGCUACGAUCGCGACCUGGCCACCAAGACCAUGGCCGCCAUCAAGCGCGUCAGCGAGAUCCGCGCCCGCCGCGAGCGCGUCUUCUACAAGAAGCGCAUGGCCGGCAAGCGCGAGAAGGAGCUGGCCAUUGCCCGCAAGCUGGUCGCCGAGAACGAGCACCUGCUGCCCCGCCUGCGCGGCAGCGAGAAGAAGAGGCUGGCCGAGCUGGCGGCCCAGGGCGCGGAUGUUGCCGCCGAGGAGGAGCUGCUGUCUGCGCGCAAGAACACGAUCAAGGCGUUUGGCGGCGAGCAGAGGAGGAUCAAGGUCCGGGUAGACGGAGGCGUGGAGGAAGAGGUGGAGACUUUCCGGGACGAGGAGGACGAUGGCGAGGAGGACGAAGACGACGACGAUGUCGACAUGGAGGACUGAGCGGGAGCGUGGCCGGGCUCAUCACUUUUGUUACGACGAGAUUGGCUGCCGUUGGGCUGGCCUUGAGGUUACAAUGUUGUUGGUGUCUGUCUGGUGAUUGGUCAAGACUCGUGGGGUCCAGCGACUUUCGUCAGCGUUGGGUUAGUAUUUAUCGGCGUUUUAAGGCAUAUACAAGUAUCUGUAAUGGAAAACAAAAAGUCCUUCAAGGUUUCGUUUUUUUGUGCAACCAGA